AUGGAAGAAACUAGGUAUUGGAUGUGGACUAGAAGCAAACUUGGUGAGACGACUCCACAAGUACUACAUACGAGGUCAUCACAUGUUCACUUUCCGACAACAACAACCGAGCCAUCAUGGGAAGAACAAGCUUUUGCAGAAGAUUCAGCUGGAUUACUUCUUGGUGGUUGUGUUUGGCCUCCGAGAUCUUAUUCCUGUAAUUUUUGUAGAAGAGAAUUUAGGUCUGCACAAGCCUUAGGUGGUCAUAUGAACGUACACCGGAGAGAUAGAGCUAGGCUUAAACAAUCUUCUCCAACUUCACCUCAUCAACAUCAUCAGAACAAUAAUAUGAAUGGAAAUAUUCGUCCACAUCAAGCAAUUAAUCAAGAACUUAUUCAACAUCAUCAAAACCCUACAAGUCAUGUUGAAAACUCAUCCCAUCAUCAUCCUGAUCAUCAGGUUCACCGCAAUAGUUUGGCGUUUAGCAACCUAGAUCCUAACUCCUACAACCCUAGUUUUGUAUCAUCAUCAUCACUCCCUUUAUCUCCUACUUAUAGGAUUACUCAAGCUGCAAUUCAAUCCAGCCAAAAUGAUUGCAUUAAACAGACUUUGAUACUGCCUCCUUAUUUAACAGUAAUCGGUAAUCAAGCAAGUAAUCAUCAAAAGGGCGGUUCACUGUUUUCUACGCCUUCAGACUCAUUCGCUUCUAGAGUUGUCAUUAUCUCGGAAAAUCUCGAAGAAGAGAAGGAUUUGAGCACGCAGGGAAAGGAGACAGGGUUGAAGGUUAAGCAGGGAGCAUAUAAUGAAUCCAAUUCAUCAGCUAUGAAGACUUUUGAGGUUUCGAAUCGAAGUUGGCUGACAGGAUCAGCUGAUGAUGGCGAGGUCGGGCGAGAUACUAUUAGUAGGAAAAGGAGGAGAAACGACGUUGACGAUACAUCAUACUUACCUUUCUUCGUGAAACCUAUUUUGGACGAUAGAAGACAUCUUUUGGAGUCGAAUGAAUUACUUGGACUAAAUCUAAAUCAAAGCUGCUCCAAGGAGGAGUUAGAUCUUGAACUGAGGUUAUAA